UUAUUUUUAAUUCUGUUCAACAUCAUUUAAGAGUGGCCGGAGAUGAACUGCAUGGUACAUGAAUUGUAUUGAAAUGUAAGAGCAUAAGAAAUUUGACAAACAUGACGAGACCGUCCAGUCCAUCAGACUCGUCUGGUAAAAGUAAACCGAUAACAAGCACAAUGAAGAUUAUUAUAUACCUCCUAGCCAUGGCAUUCGUGUGUUCUGCGCAGAAUGACCAUCUGACUUUGGAUGAAAUCUGUGCCCAUAGACAUGGAGGACAAUAUCAGCCAUCGAUUACAAAGUACCUGGAGAGAGUAACUCUGAGCUGCACAUCAGUAUAUACUAGAGGAAAAGUGUCCACCUGCCCAACAGGUUACAGUCCGACUGGCUGCGCCUGCGGGUACGGCUGUGGAUCGUGGGACAUUCAGAAUGAGAUGACCUGCCAUUGUCAGUGCGCUAACAUGGACUGGACGACUGCCCGCUGCUGCAAGCUAAAUAUCCACUAGAAUGGUGCCACCAGAAAGCGUACGACGCCAAGGAAUUCCUUCUGUUUCCUUACUUCUUGUUAUGAGUAAAAAUGCAAAUCAUUUAAAUCCUGCAUCAUGAAAGAA